AUGACAACGUCAAAUGGUUGCAGUUCUUCUGCAACUUCUGCACUACCAUAUGCUAAUAUAACAACACAAUGCAUACCCGGUUGGCAUCGUCGACCACUACCUGAAGUAGCCAUACCGUUCAAUUCGGACAAAGGAAAACGUUUAUUUCGUGAAGCACUUCUUACAGAUGGUUUACAUGGAUAUUUUAGUUUAGCAGAAACAUUCCAUACACAAGCAGAGCCUUCCUAUUGUGGUCCUGGGACGCUUUCAAUGGUGCUGAAUAGUUUGAACAUUGAUCCAGGUCACAUAUGGAAAGGUAAUUGGCGUUUUUUCGACGAACAUACACUACGCACAUGCGAUAAGCGUAAACCAAAAGAUGAUCCAUUAAAAAAUGUGAUCGAAGAAGGUAUUACGUUUGAAGAAUUUCUCUAUCUUGCUGAAUGUAAUGGUGCGUCGGCGAUUCCAUUUCUUGCGUCAAAUACAACACGUGCACAAUUUUUUUCUGCAAUCCUUACUGCUUGUACACGUCGUUUAGACGAUGUUCGUCUUGUAUGUAGUUACAAUCGUAGUACACUUCAACAAACAGGUACUGGCCAUUUUUCACCAAUAGCUGGAUAUCAUUCACAAGAAGAUCUCGUACUUAUACUCGAUGUUGCAAGAUUUAAAUAUCCUUCACAUUGGAUCCCAAUUGAAUUACUUUGGGAAUCAAUGUGUGCUAUCGAUUCAGUCACAGGAAAAUCUAGAGGUUUCUAUCUAAUUAGUAAAUGGCCAAAUGAUCUUUCUAUUCAAUGUAACAUGAGUAGUUGUAGCGACACGACUGAACAAACUACAACGUUUAAUAAAGCCUUAUGUUCACCAGAAGAAAGCAUUUCGUUAUUUAUUGAAAAUAAACUUCUUUCAAUUGUUGAUGAAACUUCAUCGAUUCAGACAAUUAUUAUUACUAUACUACAAGCAUUAUCACCUGUUGUCGUACAAUUGAUUGCAAAAUGGACGUUUGAUAUAAUACAAAAAUAUCGUUUAAAUGCUAUAUUGAAUUCCAAUUGUGCUCAAGAUUGUAGUUGUACGAAUCUCUUUGAUUUAUAUCCAUCGUUGUUACCUGAAACUAUUAAUGAUUCUAUUAAAAAUGAUGAUGUCGAAUGUAGAAAACCUUGUGCGCGUGUUACUCGAACACAUGUUCAUGCUUAUGCAAUGCCAACGGGCUGUGCUUUGGCAUUAUUUGUUGAAUUAUUUGAAAAAGAUGCGAAUCGAAAACUUUAUGGAAUACUUGAACAAAUGCAUAUCGAACAGUAUUUAACUAUUAAACAAGAUAGAAGCAUGUAUUUAUUUGGUGGUUUUUCAAUAAUGACUGAUGAUAAUGAUAUGCGAUGGAAAAUUGAACGUGGUCUAACGGCAAUAUUUCUUUAUGCAGUUCGAACGGAAAAAUUUCUUUCAAAUAUCGAUCUGUUCAAUUCAAAUGAUGUUUCAUCGGAAUUAAAAAAUGAAAUUAUUUAUGCUAAAACUUGUUUUGGGCUUUGA